AUGGCUUCAGGAAAUAGACGAUUAUCUACACAUAUGUUAUUGGAUGAAGAUGAAUUUUCUGAACAAAUAUUUCCCAGCAAUUUUGGUACUGAAACAUGUGAGCAAUCACAAGUCGCGGAGGAAAAUGAAAAUAAAAAUACAAAACGUGGUCGUCAACAGAACUUCUCAACUGAUGAAGAUUUUCUACUCAUAUCUGGUUACCUAAAUGUUUCACAAGAUCCAAUCAUUGGAAACCAACAAAAACAAGAUGCAUUUUGGAAGAGAGUCCAUGAAUAUUUUUUGCGUGACACAAACUAUGAUCGAACUCAAAUUUCUAUUUCGAGUCGUUCGGGCUUAAUCAACAAGGACGUUACCGAAUUCGUUGGAUGUUACGCUCAAGUUCAACAAAAACAGGAGAGCGGUCUAACCGAACAGGAUAGUCCUGCUAGUUCAUCUUCUGCGACUCCUGAUAGCGUUAAUUUCGGUGAUGAUAACUUUGAAAACAAUGAAUUUGAGAGGUCAACCGGUAUUAAAGGUGCAAAGGAAAAGCUUAAAAAGAAAAAAGACAAAGAAAAUGUUCCAGACUCGAGUGCUGCGGCGAUUCUAGAGUCGUGGAAAAAUGAGUAUGCAGACAACGAAUGUAGAAAACGAGAAAGGUCGGAAAAGCAGAUACGUACUCAGGAAGAAUACAUUGAACUUGAGAAUAAAAAGAGAGAAGACAUGAUAAUGAUGACAGAUACUAGUGACAUGGAUGAUACAAGAGCAUCAUAUUUCAAGAAGCUUCAAGAAAAAAUAUUGCUAAAAAAUAGUAUAUGA